AUGGCACUCGACGUCAGGAGCCUGGACUACAAGCCAAUACAGCUUGAUGACCGAGAAAUCCGGCUGCUGGAGAUCCAGAUGGGCCGGGACAUCAAUGACCCUGUCGUGAGCCGCAUGGUCAACGUCAAGGUCACCAGGGACCUCGAAUUUAUCGGCCUCUGCGCGCUCCUGCGAGACUCUGACGACAACGACACCGAGCACAUCUGGGUCAACGCCAGCAGAGUAACAGUUUCCAAGACCCUUGGCCAGGCCCUACGACAUGUGCGCGCCCUGUUCCUGCGGGAAAAGGCCUCGCUCUACCAGACCUCGUCAAAUGACAGCUCCUCGUCGGGCACACAGCCGUCCUCGCCGCCCUCCCCCCGCCGCGCAUCGUCCUCCAAGACCAAGAAGCCGCCUGCCUGGCUGCGACAGGUCCUCCGUGGCUUCCGGUCCAUCCUGCCAGACGAGUCCAACCCGGCCGCCCGCCAGGUGCCCCUGCGCGUCUGGCUGGACUGCAUCUGCGUCAACCUCCGGGACCCGGCCGAGGCAGAGCAGCGGCGCGCCCACCUGACGCUGGCCUACGAGUCGGCCAAGAUCACCGUCGGCUGGCUGGGGCUCAAGGACGAGACCUCCGACAUGGGCAUCAACACGCUGCGGCGCCUCGAGACCCUGUUCCCGCCCAACUUUGGCCACCCCCAGGACAAGAUCGACCACCCGGAGAACUACUCGCCCAUCAUGCAGUGGCUCGCGCCGUUUGGGCCCGUCUGCGCCGAGGACGUCAAGGUCAAUGGGGGAGCCGACAAGGGCCCGCUGUACAUGGCCAUCAUGAGCUUUGCCAACAGGCCGUUCUUCAAGCGCCAGUGGAUCGUCGAGGAGCUGACCCUCUCGGCGUUUCCUGCGUUUCUCCUGGGCGACGAGAUUAUCUCGUGGCAGCAGAUGUUGCAGUGGAACAGGACUGAUAUCGAAUUCGAGAAAGCCGGGGCGCAGGGGAUCUGCAAGGAGUUCCUCGAGGCGAUCCGGGUCAUGCCCAAGAUGGACAUUGCCGUGGUGUUCACCCUGCUGGACGCCUAUGACCGCAGACGGGGUCGGUAUAUUGCGAGGGAUCUCAUGAACAUGACGCCGUCGUCAUCACUCUCGACAAACAACAGCUACGGGGAGCCGCCGCCACGACCAAAUACCUCACGAGCAGAUGGUAAAUAA